AUGGCAGGAUAUUCUAGAUCUUUAAGUUGGAAUUCAAAUGGAAAAAGACAAGGAUUUUUAUAUAAUGUAGUACCUACGACCGUUAAGGGGUCUAUCGAAUUAAAUAGAAGAGUUUCAUCCGACAACAAACCAGAAGAGCAUCUGAACCUGUCCAACUUCGGCAGCAGUAAUGAAUUCGGAAGUGGACAUCUAAUCGGACUUAAGUCUGCUCUUUCUCUCUAUUUUGUCUCUGAUGAUGGUUCAGAAUGGCAUACAUCUAUCAUCUAUGCUCCAUAUUUUUAUGUGAGCAUCACUGACCCGGGGUGUGUGGAUGUAACUCUACAGUUCUUAUAUAAUAAGUUUAAAUCACAUUCUAUUGGACCUGUUUUACUCGAACCAUGCACAAAAAUUGACUUGUCACUACCAAACCAUCUUGAAAAAAUCGAUCCCACUGAUGGCACCAGCAAACACAACAUAGGACAAUUAAUUAGGAUAUAUUUUAGCACAGUAGAUCAAUUAGAACGUGGAAGGGAUCUUAUUGUUGGAUUAAAACGUCAAUUUGAAAAGGAAAUUGCUUUACAUACUGAUUUAAGUUCCACUCUAGGAUACGAUCCAGCGAAUGAAUCUUCAGUUAAAAGCGCAUUUUCUGAGAGUUUUCUCUAUAAUGAUAGUGAGAAUUCUCUCAAUUUAGCCUAUCAAGAUAGUUGGAAGUAUAAAAAUGAGCAUUUCGAAGGUAAAAAGUAUAACACCAAUCCAUCAAUAUCAAACAUCGGAGACAUAUAUGAAUAUGAUAUAAAGUAUGUAAACAGGGUCUGUAUAGAUCUUUCCAUACGUUGUGGCACAUGGUAUGAUGUAGAACGUAAUGGGUACGAUGUCAAAUUGAGGCAACUGUCAAUCACUAGUGUUGCUCCAUUAAAUGUUCUGGCAUGGGAUAUCGAAUGUUAUAAAGCCCCUUUGAAGUUUCCAGAUAUGGAAACAGAUGAAAUAAUACUUAUAUCGGUCGUUUUUAACGGUCAAGGUUAUCUAAUUGUGAACAGAAGUGUUGUUGCAAAGGACAUAUUAGAGUUCUCUUAUCAACCGUCAGAAGACAUGAUAGGAACUGCAAGUUUCAAAAUAUUUAAUGAAGCUAAUGAAUUGGACUUAUUGCAAAGAUUUUUUAACCUAAUUCUGGCACUAAAACCACAUAUUGUGGUAACAUACAAUGGCGAUAAUUUUGACUUCCCAUAUGUUAGUCGUAGAUCUGAAAUAAACGGCAUUCCUAUUGGGAAAGUACUUGGAUUCUUUCAUUCUUCAAGUGGGCUAUUUACUAAUUCCGCAAUUUUAAAUAUGGAUUGUUAUAAAUGGGUUGAAAGGGAUUCAUAUUUACCAUUUGGUUCCAGAACUUUGAAACAGGUCUGCAAAUUAAUGCUAAAAUACAACCCAGUUGAAAUUGAUCCCGAAGAUAUGGUACAUUUUGCCAGAUCAGCACCGCAAAAAUUGGCUGUAUACAGUGUUUCUGAUGCUGUGGCAACCUAUUUUCUGUUCAUAAAGUUCAUACACAACUUUAUAUUUGCCCUUUGUUCAAUUGUACCACUUCCUCCUAAUGACACAUUAAGACAGGGUACGGGUACAUUAUGUGAAAAUCUUUUAAUGGCUGAAGCUUACUCUAACAAUAUUUUAUUUCCAAACAAACACACUCAAAAGUCUAUACGUUAUUAUACGAACCCAGACACAGAUAAACAACAUCUGAUUUACGAAAAUUCAUAUAUUGGUGGACGUGUUGAAAGUUUGCGUUGUGGCAUCUUUCGUGACGACCAAGCCGAGCAAUUUAAACUUAAUUCGGCAUCAUAUCAAAUGUUAAUUGAUACUAUUGAAGAAACGCUCUUGUACUGGGCUAAAAACAAUAUUGAUGGAGAUAUAGAGACACUAAUUUGUGACGAAGAUGUUUCAUCGUCCAAUAUUGAUUUUGCUCCAUCAGAAAAGCUAUGCAGAAUAUUUUCUAAAUUCGAAAAUUUUAACGAAGUUUACCGUGAUUUGUAUACUAGAUUGUGCACUCUAAGAGAUAAUCCAAUGAUUAAAACAUUCCCACGCAUAUAUCACUUGGAUGUAGGAGCUAUGUAUCCAAAUAUUAUAAUAUCACAACGAUUGCAACCGACAGCUAUUGUGACAGAAGAUUUCUGUCGAAAGUGUUCUUAUUAUAAAGAAUCCUUGUUGUGCCAAAAAAAAAUGAAUUGGAAACAAAGAUUGGAAAUAUCACCAAUAGACAAAAGCCAAAUUCUCAUUUUAGCUCAAGAUCUAAAGGGUAGAGCAUAUAAAUCAACAAACAUCCAAUAUAAUAAUACGAUCAAAGAUGAAGAUACUGAAUCUGAGGAAGAUGAAAUAGAAACAAUAAGUAAAAGCACAAAUAGAACUUGGUAUCAAUUAAAUGAACGCGAACGUGGUGCUGAAUUGCAAAAGGCUGUAAAGCUAUACUCACAGAAGAUAUUCAAGAAAUCAAAGAUUAAUAGGGAAAUAGAUGUUGAAAGCAUUAUUUGUCAACGUGAAAACCCGUUUUAUGUACAAACUGUUUCAACAUUUCGUGACAGAAGAUAUACAUAUAAACAUCUUAAAAAGGAAGGGGAAAAUGAAUUGAAACAGUUAUUAAGAGAACUUAAUCCAGAUUCGGUGAAAAUAAAGCAAGCUAGAGAAAAAAUUCUGAUCAAUGACUCUCUUCAAUUAGCGUAUAAAUGUAUCCUUAAUAGUUUUUAUGGUUAUGUCAAAAGGGCUGGAUCACGUUGGUAUAGUAUGGAAAUGGGUGCAAUUGUUACAUUUGCUGGUGCUUCUAUAAUUGAUUCCGCCAGAAAACUUAUAGAAAACGUAGGUAUUCCCAUAGAACUAGAUACUGAUGGUAUAUGGUGUAUGCUUCCAGAUAUAUUCCCCGCUGUUUUAGACUUAAAAUUUGGAUCAGGUGAAAGUGCCGGUAAAAUUAAGGAAUUAGAGUACAUGACCACGGUUUUAAAUAUGUUAAUUGCAAAAAAAUGGACAAAUGAUCAAUACUUAGAGCUUGAAGAAAUAGGUAAAUAUAGAACAACCAGGCGUAACGAAAUUGCGUUUGAGUUAGAUGGGCCCUGGCAUGCCAUGUUCCUACCAGCUUCUGAAAAAUCUGAGGAAUUACUAAAGAAAAGAUAUGUCGUUUACAAUCACCAAAAUAAGAUUGUUGAACUUAAGGGAUUUGAAAUUAAAAGACGUGGAGAAAUGAGAAUGAUACAGCUAUUUCAAGAAGAUAUAUUUCCACAAUAUUUAUUGGGGAAAACAAAAGAUGAUGCUUAUAAAAAUGCUGCAAAAGUGGCUCUAUGCUACAGGCAGAUUUUGGAUAGUAGAGCUGCCGGGCUGGUUGAAGAUGACAUGUUUGAUUUACUAGUUGCUAAAAAAACGGUAAAAAAACCUGUUAAUCAACAACCUGCACUGAAAUGUUUUGGUACAACCUCCGCAAAACGAUUAGCUGAGUUAUUUAAAAAUGACACCUAUUUGAAUGAUGGAAAUCUAUCAAUGUCAUUUUUAUUGGCAUCGCAUCCAGAAGAUGCUCCACGCACAUCAAGAGCCAUCCCUAUUCAAACAUUCAAGGUUGAUUCUGCUGUGCGUUCCCAAUUUUUAUCCAAAUGGCUAAAAAUACAACUCUCUAAGGCAAAUGUGUCAUCCGCUCGCGACAUACUAGAUUGGGACUACUACAAAGAAAAACUAGAUACACAAAUUUUGAAAUUAAUUUGUCUACCUGCUAUUAUGCAGGGAGUUACUAAUCCGAUUCCUCAUAUUGACAUGCCCAAGUGGAUAAAAAAGAAACAAUCCUUAGCUGAGAAUAAACAAAGACAAAUUAGUUCAUUUUUCGCAAAAGGAGAAAUAUCAAAUCAAAAGACCAGUAAAAUAGAUCUCCUAAAGGUUGAACACCCUAAAAAAAUAAAUAUUAACUGGAUACAAAACUUGAAGUUUAAAUGGCUAAAAACUUCUCAGAAUUUCAAAAGGAACCGAAAAAAAACGCAGUACAUCAAUUUCCAACUCCAUAAAGAAUUAAAGGAACUUUUGCCAGAAAUUAGGACUCGUACUAUAGAUUUCGAUGAUCUGUAUGCUCUAUUUUCUGAAACUUGGCAUGUGUACAACUUUUCUGUUGAUGAGAAAAAUCCUGGAAUCAUUAAUUGCUAUCUUUCAGUGCACAAUAAACCCUUGUUUAUUAAUGUGAGAAUAGAAGCUUGGAGGAAAUUUUAUAUAAAUAAUAAGAAGAAAUGGGAUGUAGUACCAAAUGAAAAUGUAAUUGUACGUGAAAUAAAUGAUCAAUACUUACUACCAAGAGGUGCAGUCCAGGCACAUCUAAUUGAAUUGGAAAUGAAAGAAAACUACUUUUUGGAUUACAUAAAGAAUUCAUUAAAUUCAAUAUUUCACAAAACGGUUCUAGGUGUUUAUGAGACACAAAUACCAAUUUUCUUUGAUUUUCUAACUAGGAUGGGAAAUAUGGUAAAAACCGGAAGUGAAGAUGUUAAUACAGUGAUGAAUAACAAUAUGGAAUUCCAAUCCAACAAAUUGAGUCCGAUUACAACAAUGCACUCUGGUGAUCUAAAAUAUUUUAGUGAUGUUGAAAUUUUGUAUGUUCAUAUAUUCCAUGGGACAGACUAUGAAACAAAAAGGCACAAUAAAUUUUUUGCCUCGAUAUAUAGCAAAGAGGAAAACAUGGUCAACAAAGUAUUUAUUGGAGGGUCAAUGCUGCUAAAGAAAUAUGCGGAUGAAGCUUUUACAAAUAUUUCUGAGCCAAUAUUGUCCAAACAUAGAGCUAAGUGGAUUGAACACAAAAGCAUUAAGCACGAUGACUAUGUAAAUCCUGCAAUAUUUCCUGAUUGCUUUGGUGCCAUAUAUGACGCAGAAUUUGAUAUAUCUGAUAUACCUAUAACAUCAUUUAGGAAUUCCCUUAGAAAGUUGGACAAAUUUUUAUAUAAUCUCCGACCGGCCGUAUCGAAAAGGAAAUAUGUCGUAUACGUAUACUCUACACUUCAAACUUCUGAACUAGGUGAUUGGUCUAAAGGUUUAUAUUACCCUGUACAUUUUGAAGUAUCUAAUUCUCAUCAAAUUAUCUCAAACACGUUCCUAAAACAAUGUUUUGAUUCUUCAAUAGAUCUUCUAUAUCAACAUCUUUGCUUAAUUGAAGAAAAAUUGGCAAUAUCGCAAAUAUCAUCAAUUCCCUUCGGGUUCAUUCUCUCUUUGAAUAAACCGAAUAUGUUCAAAUGUGUCUUUGAUGUCAUGUACGCAAGAGUUUUGAGAUCAUCAUCGGUAAUACUUUGGGGAACAAGAGAUUUAUCAUCUGAUCUAGGUGUCCCACAUUUUUCUAACAAAACACACUCCGAUUUUGAUAUUAUUACGAAUGAAAAUCUGAAUUUCACGGUACCAGGUAUAUAUCGUGGUUAUGGUGUAAAUAUAACGUUCAACCAAUCGUUAAUGUAUAAUGCUAUCGUUUUGGAAUCCAAAUUAGAUGGAAAUAUUCAAUUUAACAAUCCAAACACAUUAAAAUCUGAUGAAUACAAAUGUUAUGACGAAGUCCAACUCGAUUCUAAUUCGCAUUUAUCUCUAUUUCACCCUCUUGCAUUUAGAGCACUUGGUGCCACACUAGAAAAUCUCAUGAAACUCACAAAUUUAGUCUUCCAAAAGGUUGAUUAUGGGACAUUUCAGAAUAUAGUUAACAUUUGCAGUUUUCUUAAACCAUGGCUAAGUGAUGCAGGAGCUAUUUUGUAUGAUCCAUCCCUCUAUGCAAUGGCAGUAAUGUCCACACAAAAGUAUCUGAAGAAACUUAUAUAUCACUUUUCCUCUGUACACAAACUGAGAGUAAUAUAUGUGACAUCUACAUCUAUAGUUGUAGAUACAAAUACAACAAGCAUAACGAAGGGCAGGAACAAGAUUUAUGAAGCUCUAGAAGAUUUGUCAUCCGCACAUUCAAAAUUUAGAAAUAUUCCAUUCCAUGUAGAAGAAGAAUUCGUUGCAAUGGCACAACUUGAUAAUACCUACUAUAUAAGAUAUAAGGAUUAUAUUGAUGCAUCAAAAUCAAAUUGCUCUGAGAACUUAAAAGUGUUGGAAUAUCUGCCAUGUGCAGUUGAAAUGUUUAUUAGAUACUUUAUUAAGACAAUUGCACUAGACCCAUUAUGGCAAUCUCUCAAAAAAUUUUAUAUGAAUGAGACGACUGAUGAUAAACAAAUUGGGCAACAAGAACCGUUAGAACUUAUAAAUACUGAUUCUUUAGAUAUCCAGGAGCAAAUCGAAAAACACAUAAUACAUGAUUGGCAUCAGCCAGGAACUCAUUUUUCAAAACUGUAUGAUAUUCUAUCUGAUAACGAUUCAUUUCUGAGGAUGUUUGAUAGAAGUGGUAGCCAUUCCCAACUGAACUUUCCAGCGCUGCCAGGGAGUAUUUUUGAAGGAAAAGAUUGUUGGAAACUGGAAACAGUAAAAUUACUUAUCUAUAUAAUCCAAAUAGACAGAGCUCUAGACUGGAAAAAUAAUAUUUUAAAUACAUCGUUCGAAGAAAAAAUCCAUCAACUCUUUAUGUUAACUGGCGAAAGUGAGUAUGUUUCAAAAAAUUGGAACCCACCUAUGAGAAAAAUGGAAAUAAAUUCAAUAACAUGUGAAAAAUGCUUUAUGGUUUCAGAUAUUGAUGUUGUAUCUGGGCUUACAUAUAUAGAUGACAAUGAUGGUAAUAUCUCAUAUCAGUGGCCUUGUCAAAUAUGUUCUGACCCACUCAACAGUAAGCAAAUUGAAGUUAAAAUCAUCCAAUAUUUGGAAAACAUUUUUCAUGCACAACAGGCACAAGAUUCGAUUUGUCCAGAUUGCAAAACUGUAAAAACGGUAUACAGAAGGCGUGGGUGCAAGUGUGGAAAAAAAUAUGUUCCAAGACUAUCUAAAUCUCACUGGAUGUAA